UAUGAUAUCUACAGGUGCUUUCUUGAACUUGUUCCAGCAUAAAUACUUGGAGGGGCCAACAAGUGACAUCUUGAAUGUCUAUGGCCAUGAUGUCGUGAAUGUUUAUGGUAUGAUAGUGGUGCCAGAACUCUUGUCACAGUCUUGUCUUUGAUGAGGCAGAAACUUUUAUCUCAAGGCGUGAUUCUUUAAAAUGUACCUGUGUGGAUUGAGCUGUAGUUCGUUAAAAGUUUCUUGCCCUAUUUUAUCAGUGCGAGGUUCAUCAAGUUUGCAAGUUCCAUUUUGUUUCCGUGAUGGUUAUUAUGGCGGGAGCAUGACACUUCUAUUUCGUACACAAAGGCUAUGUUGGAAGGGCUUCACAUCUAAACAACAUGUCCAGGAAAAAUUCAGCAUUAGAAGUGCAAUGGAUGCUUCCUUUGGUAAUAUGGCAGCUGAUUCAGCAGCUGUCUUUCCAAGAAUAAACAUCAGAGAUCCAUACAAGAGACUUGGGAUCAGCAGAGAGGCUUCUGAAGAAGAGAUCCAAGCUGCACGCAACUUCCUCAUAAACAAAUAUGCAGGCCAUAAACCAAGUAUUGAUGCAAUAGAGUCAGCACAUGACAAGAUAAUCAUGCAGAAGUUCUAUGAAAGAAAAAACCCAAAGAUAAAUGUUAAGAAAAAGUUUAGGGAAGUGAGUCAAUCGAAGGUAAUCAAGGCUAUUGUGAGCCGGUUUGAAGCUCCCUCGGAUGAGUUCAUAAUCAAGAUUGCUGCAGCUUUUCUAGUGCUUGGGGUCUUAACCGUUCUUUUCCCAACAGAGGAAGGUCCUACACUUCAAGUGGCCAUUUCUCUAAUGGCAUCUAUGUAUUUUAUAUACUCAAGGCUCAAAAAUCGAAUUAGGGCUUUCUUAUAUGGGUAUGCUUGCAAACUUAUUCCACACAUUGAAUUUGCAUUUUAUAGGGUUUUUUCUUAUGGUUCAGUCUCUUGA